AUGUCGGGUUGGCUUUUGAAGAAACGGCGUAAGAAGUUACAAGGGUGGGCUAAACGAUGGUUUCAACUUUCGAAGACAGGCAUCCUAUCUUAUUCUGAGAAUCCAGAGAGUGUGAGGUGUGGAUCGAUCCAAGUCCUUCUGGCUACCAUCUCCUUAAACCCUUCGCAAAGGUUGAUUCACAUUGACUCGGGGUCGAGUUUAUUCCAUUUAAGAUGUGCGACGGAUAAAGAAUUUGAAGAUUGGACUACGGCACUGAAGGGCUUCAGAGACAGAGAAUAUCCACAGCUUUUGGAGCAGAUAAAAAUCGAGACAACGAAUAAUAAGAAUGUCAUAGAGAAAGAAGAUGUAAAUGUGAUAUGGACUCAAAUUGACAAGGGGAUACACAACGCUGAUUUAAUUACCCAGCGACUAGAAUUAUUAAAGAGCAAGGCAGAUGCGUAUAUACAGGAGACUGACGAUCAAGCGUUUUCCAAUGAAGCAGAUGCGGUAUUAUCCAUCGCGAGAGAUCAGAAAUCAUUAUGGAACGACAUUCAAAACUCCGUGAAACAAUAUUUAGCAGUAGAUAUAUCUAACCGCGUCCCCAUGAUAGAUAGACACAAUUCAAAAAUCAAAAUUGAUGAAAAUAAUUUUUUAUCAGUUGCUGAUAAUCUUUCACCAGAUCCGAAUUACGAACAGCUUCCUUAUCGUAAAUCUAUCGCGUCAGAAAAAUUUUAUGACGCCGAGUCUAUUAUCUUGUCAAGCGACGAUGAAGAUUACGGAGAUAAUGAGAAUGUAGAGGAUUCCGAUGAUAAUACAGAAAAUGAAGAUGAUGCUAAUGACAACAAAACUUCGCAACAGAAGCCGAUGAAAGAAUCAAAUAUUGUAACUCUGAUGUCCAAACCAUACAACUUUCAUCGUCGUCAAAUAUUACCUGCACCUGCAGCUAGCAGCGGUGUUUCAGCCUUGUCGAUUUUCCGCAAAAACAUCGGUAAAGAUUUAUCUCAGAUUGCUUUGCCGGUCAGUAUGAAUGAACCACUUAGUAUGCUUGAAAAGGCAUGUGAAGAGUUGGAGUAUUCCGAACUACUGGACAGAGCCUCCGAAAAAACCGACAGUUUGGAUCGAUUGAUGUAUGUUACAGCAUUUGCUAUUUCUGCUUAUGCAUCGUCACAAUGGAGAACUGACAGAAAGCCAUUUAAUCCAAUUUUGACAGAAACUUAUGAAUGCAUUCGACCCGACAAAGGAUUUCGAUUUAUAUCCGAAAAAGUAUCCCACCAUCCAUUAAUUAUUGCCUCUCAUGCUGAAUCGCAUGCCUACAAAUACUGGCAAUGCACAAAAUUGAAGAGUAAAUUUUGGGGUAAAUCGAUGGAGUUUAUUGCGGAGGGUACUUUUCAUGUACAUCUGAAUGACAAGGAGCAUUAUACAUUUACCAAACCUUCCAGCUGGAUGCGUAACAUGAUUGCGGGUGACAAGUAUCUAGAGCAUGUUGGAGAAAUGAAGGUGGUAAAUCAGACGUCUGGAGAGCAUGCUAUUGUUACUUUUAAAGAAGGAACAGGUGGUGGCAUCUUUAGUGCCCCCAAAGAACGUAAUAAUGUGACAGCGCUCCUCUAUACUGCAGACGGUGAAAGGCAAAAACGAAUGGUGGGUAAAUGGAGUGAGGCGCUUGCUGAGGAUAUCGAUAUGGAAGGGCGCACACUGUCUGUUAUUUGGAAAGCCACCAUGCCUACUAAUCCCGAUUUCACCAAAAAAUAUUACGGAUUUUCUCAAUUUGCUAUAGAAUUGAAUGAAAUUACACCUAUUGAAAAGGGAAAAUUACCAAAGACCGAUUCAAGGCUGAGACCCGAUCAGAGGCUUUAUGAAGAAGGUAAGGUAGAGGAGGCAGAUAACGAAAAAUCGAGAAUCGAAAAGAAGCAGAGAGAAACAAGAGCUCUACUUGCAGAACAAGGUGUUUCAUGGAGUCCCCAAUGGUUUAUAUUGCAGGAUACGGCGAAUAUGCAAGAUUCAGAUCAAGAUUUGAAAGACAAUGAAGGCGUUAGUCAAGUAUGGCAGUUUGCUGGUCAAUAUUGGAACGUACGUGGCACGGGUCAUUGGCCUGAAAAUACACCUGAUUUAUGGUAA